UUGCGCGCCGCUGCGCGAAGUGGGGCGGGCGGCGAAUGUUGCCUACCCGCGCCACUGGUGACAGCUCUGUUACCGCCUGGGCUCGAAGCCGCGUGGAACGGGCUGCCUGCAGCGGACGAAAGUUUAGGAAUGUGCAACCUGUGAUUUAGAAAAUGGAGGAUAUGUCAGAUAGCUGCAGCAAGGUAGAUAAAACUGAAACAUCAGAUACAGACCAGCCUACUGCAUUCCCCCAAAGAGAAGAGUUUGCUGACACUAAUGAUGUGGACCCAGCAGAGAAAUCUUUGCUUUCAGAAAAAGCUACAGACACAGUGCAAUCAAAUGAGGAAUGUGAGCAGCAGUCUGCUUUGGAGCAGCCAGAUCUGGAGGAACAGGAGCGGUCAAGUAUAGUGCAGCGGGAACUACCUGCAGAAGGACUAGAUAAUGGAGAAGAACUGAUAGAGAAUAUUGAGCAAGGUGAAUUUGAGACAGAUGCCUUGAGCAUCACAUCAUCUGAUAAUGCAUCUCCUGUUAUAAUUAAAAAAUAUACUGCUUUACCCGAAUUAAGAAAUUUAGAAAUGGAGCAACAAAUGUCUCAAAACUUAGUACUGACGGAAGAUACAGCAAGUGCCACUGUGACAGGAAGCGUGAUUGAGGGUAAUGAAAAUGCUACAGGGACUGGGACAAAGUCUCCUGAAACUAUCCAGUCUGGGGUGUUAUGUCUUGAUCCAGACCAUUUUUUUAGGAAAGCAAUUCAGCAGGAGUACCACAUGCCUGAUGUAAUAACUGUCAAAGUACAAACAGAUUUUGAUUCAUUCCAAGAUAUAUCUGUAAAAGUAGAAAGACCUACCUGUCAUAAACCAUUUCUGGGUGGAUUUAAACAUAGGAUAACUGGAGUGGAAUUUCAUAAUGCAGGUUCACAAACAGUACCCAAAAAACGACCUGACAAAGAGAUCAAAGUAUUUUGUAGGGAAACACAGACCGUUUUUGAAAAAAAUAAGCUCCAACAAACAAAAAACACUACGUCCACACAGAUGACUAAAAUUGGCCUUUAUGUGUCAAACAUGACUGACAAAUUAAUAAGACCUGGAAAGUAUGUUACAGCAGAUGAAUAUCAUAAGCGUAGACUUGAAGCAGUAAUAGUGUUACAGACCUAUUUUCGUCGUUGGCAUGCUAUAAAUCUAGUACAAAACCUGAGGGAAAAAAAGAGGUUAAGGCUGGAAUGGGAGACACAAGAGGAGUUAAACAAAAAAAAAGAGAAAGAAGAAAAACUAAGAAGUGAGCACAAGCGGAGGUUGAAUCCUAAAACAAAAGAAGACUAUGAGCUACUUUAUCAUGCUUUAGAAUUGUGGAGGCAGGAGGAGAUUGAACGGAUUAACAGAACUCUUACUGGAACUGAAAGAAAGGCAGCCCUUUGUGGACUUCUAGAGCAAGAGGCACAGCUGAUUGCUUCCAUUGGGAGAUACAAAGUAGAUGCAGAUGAGGAGAAUCGACAAAAAGCAGUACUACACUUUCUGGAUAAGUGUGCACAGCCUAAGAGUUGGAAAGCAUUUGAUGGAAAAAUCACUGAAAUGGAUACACAGUACACACUCCGUGCCAGAGAACUACUUGAAAUCUACCGCAGCAUAAGCAUGAAAGAAAUCCCGAAAGAUGAGAGAAUAGAUGUACUGUUAACACUCAGAUGUACAGUGAAGGAACAUCAAUGUAAAUUAACACAGGAAAUAGUGGAAUUAAUUGACAGGGAAGUCGAUCUUAUCUUGAGAGACGUGAAAGAAUGCAACUUAGAAGGACUGAGGAAAAGAAUUUGUACAUUAUUUCUACAGUAUAUUAAAACUCCAAACUUUAACCCUGAAGUUGCUAAAAUACUUAAGGUUCCACCAGAUCCCUUAAAGUUUUAUAAAAACGUUAACUUCUGUCGUAGCUGCAAAAAUUACUUGCCAUCUACUGAGUUCUCUGUUCCUGCUAAUUCACGCACCAUUGGCAGAUGUCGUUUAUGUUGUAAGAUCGAUAAUGAGGCUCGGCAGCGAGAAGCGUUUUUGAAGUACAGACUUAUACUAAAAAAUCUCAGAGAGUCUGAAGCUGAUUAUCAGGAUGACGCUAAAAUUGUUUACUUAGUUCAGAAGACACCUAUGAGGCACCUGGAAAUGCCUCAGCAACGAGAUCUUCAAUACAUGGUUGAGAAUAUAUGGGGUUGUCAGUCAGCUCUUAGUGCCUAUGAUGACCUCUAUGAUUUGGUUAUGGUCAGAUGGGAUAAGCAUCAUGAAUGGUCUCCAUGGAACACCAUUCUCCUCACUAAAGACGAGGCAGAUGCACAUCUGAAACUAUGCAACCUUCAGGAGGCUUAUGAAGCAGCAUUUAUUCACAGAAUAAAUCAUAAGCAUAUCCGAGCAAAAAAAUACUUUGCUCAGAUUCCAACGAUGGCAUCAUUUUUGCAUAAGAGUGGUGAUCUGACUAAUACUAAUGAAUUUUUAAUAGCUAAGCCUAUUCCUACUGGUACAAAAGCAUAACUCAUAAGAUAGUUGACUGCAUUAUUGAUUAGUGAUUUUAAAGAAAUGUUCUUUUUUGCCUGAAUCAUUUACAUAGAUAAAAAUAAACUUCUGAGGAUAAAAUAGUUUGAUCCUGACCAGUCAAUAUAACUGCAUUUCAUGUUUCAUAACUUCAUUAUUUAAAAAGUAAAAUAUUGUUGAUGGGCUUUUUAAAUUCCAAAUAAUUUUUAGUGCAGUGACUAUCUUUCUGCAUAUGCCUGUGUUGCUUGGAUGAUUUUGUCUGCAGUAUAAAUACUCCUGCUAAAGGAAUGUAGCUAAUUUUGUGUCAAUUUUUUUUCAUUAGAAAAUUAAUACAAUGUAUUUUUAGUCCAUUUUGCUGUUUUUAAGCCUAUGAAGCCAAAAAACCCUCAAACUCUAAAUUGCUACAGAACAGCAGAAUUGAUAUGCCCUUCCAAAUGUAGUUGCCUUACCUUACAAAAAAUUGUGCAAAAGAAUAAAUGUACCUUUUUGGCUGAUCCUGUUGGUCAUAAUGGAACUGCCAGCAUGUAAUUAUUGAAUCUAAGACCUUGAAAUUAUUGUUAAUCAAGGUCAUUAUUGAAAUACACAAUACAGAUUGUUUGGAACUUGUUAAUUUCUUGAAGAGCUUGUGUCAUUGCAGCAGAAGUCAGUUUUCUCUUUAAAAAUAUU